ACAGUUUUAAGAGUAUUAUUUUGAAUGUGCAUGGGGAUUAAUAUCUAAGAAUACUGUUAAGCUUACUUUUUGUUCUAUAAUCUUACCUGUGUGCCACCUAUUCUCAAGUAUAUCAAUCUGCAGGCUAGUAUAAUUUGCUGUGCAUUGCAGCAAAUACUUGGUCAUUGUGGAGGAGCUGAAUUAUAGUCAUACGUAAUGGAACAGUCCGUUUGGCUCAGUGACCAUCGAACUCCUAUUUACAUUCAUCCCACACUGAUCUCAUUUACCAACAUUGUUGAUUAUCCACGGUGAAUGGUUUCUAGAUUUCUGCAGGUCAUUGGGAUUUGGAGAGAAACCCAUGCACUCACAGAGUAUGCAAGCUUCUCUCUCUCUCCCCCUCAUGCUCGCUCCUCCUCCCCCUCUCUCUGCCUGCCUGGAGUUUGGCAAUCACAUAAUCUGCUUAUUGCAAUUUGACUAAGUUUGGGUACAUUUGGUUUGGCAGUGUUAUUGUCAUAUCUUCAACUAUUGGGUCUGUAGGGUAGCUCCACUCCCUUUUGAAAUUUAAUGGAGCUGAGGUGCAACAUUGCAGUAAGAAGUGGAGAAAAGUGCUGGGGCAUUGGCAGAACCUUGUUUGUAACUUUGCUUCAAUGAGUUUUAAUCAGCCCUGGACCCACUGUUUAGGAAGAUGGCUUGCACACUGUUACAUAUCAACAUGUGAAGUAGGAGGGUCACUGCAGCCAGCUGAAUUUGAUGACUGUGUACGGCCAUAGCCAAGAGUUCCGAACAUAAGUUGUGUGUACAGGUAAAUAUAGAAAUCAGGGACAUGGUUAAGUGUGUGCAGUUAGAGCGAGGCAUGAGGAAAAUAGGCUGGAGGGGAUGUUGAGCACCUGUGAGUUAAGGAGGGAGGCAGUAGGCAAGGUUGUGAGGGAAGAUGGGAGUUGUGUCUUAUGAAAAUGUGUCCUCACCUUCAUGUGUGAACAUUGAACUCCUGGACCCCAGGAGUCUUCAGCUCCUUGCUUUGUGAUGUCUGUGUAGUAACUGGUGUACAACAACAGCCCUGUGUUAAUUUUGGAAUCACACACUGCCAGUUUCCACUCCACAGAAUGAAGUUUUGGCUCUGAAAUUUUAGGAUCCUCAUAGGCGCUGAUCCACUAACAAACUAGAAUACCUGUCUACUGUCGUAGCUUGCAAACUUGGGGGUUUUGACAUUGACCGAUACAUGGUUUGCAGGAGUAAGCUGAAGAAGAAUGACAUGGUGAGCUUUGGUGUCAAACUUUACAAAAGCCUCCAAGGAAGACAUACUCCAAAUCUGAAAAAAAAAACUUGUUCUGCAUUCCAAAGGGAGACAAAUGAUCCUUCUAGUCAACUUCAACCCCCCUGGUAAGGCAUGAUUGAGACAUUUAGGAAACAGUGAGGUCCUUCUUUUGACUAAAUUCUUGGAGCAUACCUCAACGUAAUGUAGUAUAACUCAAUUUUGGGAGCAAACCUCACAUGUUGUCAGACGGCCCCGCACAAACUAUCAUGGUAACACCCCUGGGUCGAACGGUGGAACCUGUUAGAAGAUAUACUGGCCGGAAUGAAGGAUUGCAGAGAUGUUUGUAUCACCUGUGGUACAACAGGCACUGACUUCUGGACUGAUCUCCAACAGACUGGCCCCAAAACCACCGUGAACUGAAGCGUUGCCCUCAAUGACCUGACAAAGACAGCGUCCUUCAGACGAUCCUGUCAACUCCUCGUCCGCAGGAGUUGCAUGGAUUUCACAGACCGUAGGCUGUGAUGGAGUGUGUUAUAAUUGCAACAAAUAACUCGGAGCGGCACUCGGAAUCUUUUUAUAUAACAGGAAAUGUUGGAGGUACUCAGCAACUAGGAGAAACAGAGCUGAUGCUUCAGGUGCACGAUACCCUUGCAAUAAAUGGUUGAAGGUUUUACAAUGAAUGGCGAGGACGUUACAUCUGGAGUAAACGGACAGUGCAGACUGGAUGCGGUGUGAUUGGUGUGUGUGCAAAACCCGGGAAGGGAGGUGGGAACUCGCGGCAACUUUUGAUCUCAGUUGGUGCUGAAUUAGUGGCGGCUCUUUAUAAGUGAACCGGGAGAAGGGUAUGGUGAAACCCGGCGCUGCAGCAGCGAACCAAACCCUCUGCCGGUGCAGAAAUUCCUCGCCGGCCAGGCUCUUCCCCGCCACCGAUUUCCCCAGAAGUUCUGAUAGCUAACAACUUUAAAACAAUAAGAUGUAUACUGUUUGAAGUGUCCUUUUUUAAAGAAUCGAAAGGACGGCGCGCCGCUGCUUGGGCCCGGAGGCGCGGCGAGCUGUGUGCUGGGCUCUUGCUGCGCCUGGAGCGCCGAGACCACCCAGGGCGCAGGCAGGGAGAGUCUCCUCGCAGGCCGGCGCCAUUGCACGAAGCGGCUGGGGUGGCGGGCCGGCGGGCCGGCGGGCGGAUCUGGCGGCGAGGAAGAAGCUCCUGGCUAAAAUCUUGGCCUUUCGAGGAAAAUAUGCGGAGAAACGAACUUUGCGCAGGGAAGGACUCAAGCAUGCUAUUUACCUAUCCUAAAACUUCACAAUGAACUAUAAUACCAGUGUCAAUGGAAGUGGAGGAAGCAACUCUACCCAUGAAGAUGGUGGGCUUGUUAUUGCAGCAUCAGUCGCCAUCAUUGUCAUUGCUGUGUUGAUCUUUCUGGGAAACCUGGUGAUUGUUGUAACUUUAUACAAGAAGUCAUACCUCUUAACUCCGAGCAACAAGUUUGUCUUCAGUCUGACACUUUCUAAUUUUCUGCUGUCUGUUCUGGUGCUCCCUUUUAUCAUCACAAGCUCCAUCAAGCGAGAAUGGAUCUUUGGAGUGGUGUGGUGCAACUUCACAGCACUGCUCUGUUUGCUUAUCAGCUCUGCCAGUAUGAUGACGCUUGGAGUCAUUGCAAUAGAUCGGUACUAUGCUGUUGUUUACCCAAUGGUGUAUCCAAUGAAAAUAACUGGAAACCGUGCGGUUGUUGUAAUUGUAUACGUUUGGCUGCACUCUCUAAUUGGAUGUCUUCCUCCUCUUUUUGGCUGGUCGGCGUUUGAGUUUGACCAAUUCAAGUGGAUCUGUACAGCUACGUGGUACAAAGGAAUAAGUUACACUGUCUUUUGGGAGAUAUGGUGCGGACUGUUGCCAUUUUUAGCCAUGGUCAUUUGCUAUGGAUUUAUAUUUCGUGUGGCCAGGCUCAAAGCACGGAAGAUUCACUGUGGAACUAUUAUUGUUGUUCAAGAAGAAUCCAAUAAGGAUGGAAGAAAAAAUUCAAACUCCUCUACCUCUUCAUCAGGAAGCAGAAAGAACACCAGCAAUAACAUUGUUUAUUCAGCCAAUCAAUGCAAAGCACUAACAACUAUUGUGAUUGUGAUUGGAGCUUUUGUUGUCACAUGGGGACCUUACAUGAUAGUGAUUAGCACUGAGGCACUUUAUGGUAAAGGGACUGUUUCUCCAGGACUGGAGACACUGGUAACGUGGCUGUCUUUUACUAGUGCUAUAUGUCAUCCCCUUAUCUAUGGCCUGUGGAAUAAAACGGUACGCAAAGAGCUGCUAGGGAUGUGCUUUGGUGACAGAUACUACAGGGAUUCAUUUGUUCAACGUCAGAGGACUUCCAGGUUAUUCAGCAUCUCGAGUCGCAUCACAGAUUUGGGACUGUCCCCCCAUCUCACAGCCCUGAUGGCUGGUGGACAAUCAUUGGGUCAUAGCAGUAGUACUGGCGACACCGGAUUUAGCUUCUCUCAGGAUUCAGGCACUGAUGUCAUGCUUUUAGAAGAUUUUAGUUCAGAUGGAACUCAUUAUUCAUGCCACAACAACUAUCCAAACAGAAGACGGAGUUCUGUGACAAUUGGUGAACUUCCAGAGUCACAAGAGGAGGUUGACCAUUCUUCAGUCCUGCAAAUCAAAGCUGAUGUUCACAAAACCCUGGACCAUUUUGCCGCCAGUUUGGCCAAAGCUAUUGAAAUGGAUGCCAAAAUGAGCCUAUUUGGGGAAAGUUGUUUGCCUGGUGAUCUGUUUACAGUUAUUAAAACUGUACCUGGAGGUACCAGCAAAGGAAACAAAAUCUCUGCAGAUCAGAGAUUGAGGCUGGAGAGUAUAGAUGAAGGAAUUGUAAAUGACGGCACAGAGGAAGAGAAUGCUCUGGAGGACUAAAGCAAACGUACAAUGUAGGGAAGGCAGUGCGUUUAUUUCUGGUAUGUUACUUGGCUGAGGCUUAAAAUAUCCUGUUAAUAUGCCUUCAUUUGUUGUACAAUUAUUCAAAUAUUGAUGUAUAAAAUUAUAGGCAAAAAAUUCAAACAGCUGAAAGAUAUAAAAAAUUGGGGAAGCCAAAGUUAGCACCCAUCUUCUAGUUAGUGCUAACAAUUUGGUGGUUACAUACAGAAUGAAAUGCUCCUUUCCUUUAAGUUUGUGCAGUUGUACUAAUUCUAGAAAAUAAAUAUUUUUCAUUUUAGUAGUGACAGUUGCUAGCAGUGUCAAUGCCUGCUAUAAUGCAGAUGAAGUUUAGUUGGCUGGCUUCAGCAGCAGGUUUUUCAUGAAGGUAAGUUCAUUAAAAAUUAUGUAAUUCAAUGUCUUGAGCCUCAGUCUAUGUUCCAAACAAAAAUUAUGGUGAAGGUGUUUGGGGUGCUGGAAAGGGGCAAAGAAAGAAUGCGGAGACUGUGUCAAUUAUUAGUUCUUUCGUAUGUGCAAGAGCAGUUUCUCUGUGAGUUUCAGCUUAAUGGUUGGUUUUAGUUAACAUGUGGGUUGUGCAUUUUUUUAAGGCCUGUUUUGAGAUGUGUAUGAAAUGUAUGAACUAGAGGUACUGUUUGAUUUCCCUUUAAAAGGUUUUGUUAUAUUUAAAAAAAAUCAAUACCUAUGCCUGUGGAAAUGUGUAAGAUCAGAUUGGAAAAGCCAAAACUACACAUUGCUGAGCAUUAUAGUUCUGCCUUCCAAUGAUAGUAGGUGUGCUUGUACUAUAUAGCAAUUACUCACUGUCAAUUGUUCACAUCUCUAAGCCAUGUGCUUGUUAAUUUUUUUUUAAAUUUGGACAACUGGUGUCUGAAUCGCGUAUAUCAAACUAAAAUGUAAUUAAGAUUUGUAAGUUAAAACAAAUGACAAAUUGCCAUUGCCAUGUUUUAUAUUAAAAUAAACCUGAACAAGUU